UAAGUUCUAAGGUGCUCUUUGUUGUUGCGUCUGAACUUCAGCAUUCACAAGACACGCAUCAGGCCAUCCAACAGAUUGCCACAACAUGUAGAGUCCUACUUUAGUACAUCUCAGGGCAUCACACAUAUUCCUUGUCGCUGCUAGUGUGCGAGCGUCCCUGAAGGGAUAUGAUCAACGAUCGCAUGAGGAUGUCUCAGCUAUACUCCACAUCUAAGCAAACCUGCCUACAUUUUCAGAAGCAGGGAGCAUCGGUGUCCCUUCUAUGCAGCAGGCCGCUGAGUACGUGGGCACCACCUGCAAUGAAGGCCUUGGCUUUCACAGGGCCGGCCACCAUGGAUGUUUCCCUGGCAAGCACCAAUCAGAGCAGCACCACCGUGCCCGCCACUGAGACACAACAACAGCAGCAGAAUCUCUACAGCCACAUUGUGCCAUCAUUCAGAAGAUGCAGGGCGCUCGUCCUGGACUCUAGUUACCGUCCCAUAGAUGUCAUCAAUUGGCAGCGCGCCAUCUGCCUUGACCUCUUUGACAAGGUGGAUGUGUUGGAGUACUACGACACGUGCGUGCGCUCGUCCUCAGCGCAAUUCUUUAUUCCUGCGGUGCUGCGCGUGCGCAUGUACGUGUCCAAGCGCGAGUUCAAGGCCGGCCGCCUGUCGCUGUCGCGCCGCAACAUCGUCAUGCGCGACAUGGGCAUGUGCCAGUACUGUGGGUCCACGACCGGCCUGACAAUUGAUCACGUGGUGCCGCUGUCAAAGGGCGGCAAGUGGGUGUGGGAGAACCUGGAGCCCUCCCCAUACCAACUCGGAGUGCUACUGGGCAUAGAAGCUGAGCUGACCACCCCUCCAAAGGAGUGGAAUGACUACCUCUUCCCAAUGGGCCGGGGAAACACGUCUUUGGGAGAGGAUGUGGAUGGCCUUGAUGCUGCAGAGGCCCUCGAGACAUUGUGACAGGGGGUCUUGCGAGUUGACUCCAGGUCAGAUCACCGUCAAGAAUAUGAUAUUCUUGGGCUGCGCAUUUGCCCUGCAAGGCAUGGUGGCACGAUCACCAGCUUGCUUCGGUGCUGCAUGUCAUUUGUAUCAAUAAUUUGAAAGAGCAGAGAGAUAAAUAAAGGGAGUGUAUUGAACCAUUAUACUGAGCACUCUUGGUCUGGUGGUCAUCAGCUGAGGUACUACCGAAUUCCAGACUCACUGUACAUAUGUCAACUAGGGAUAUCAAGGCAGGCAGCAAUUUAUGUUGACAAAAAAGUGGUAUCGUAGGCUCUUGUGACUAUCUGUCUCACUAAUAUCCGUAUUGCAAGCUUUGAGAAUUAAGUGGUGUAUCACACAAGCUUGUCAGGGCAAUGCUUAGGCCCUUAUCAAGCAGCUUGACAGGUGUCCAUUCGUUGCGCGGAUACACACUGCAGAGGGGUCAAAAUUUCGAUUGGUCAUAUUAAUUUUAUGGCUAUUUCAUGUGAAGGAUGUGGACGUUAAGGAUUACUGAGUG